AUGAAUACAAACGCAUUGUUGGCAUAUUUAUGGGUGAAAGUGGGAGAAUUUGGAGGGUCUUUUUACGGAGCUGGAGCUAUCUAUUACCAUCACCGAGCAAAACCUGGCAGAGUUCGGUAUAUCUUGCGCUCAAAUAUAUUUGAUGGCGCCGAACUCGAAGGGCUACGACGUGAGGCUGUUCCCUCAUCAGAUGAAAAUGCUACGGCUGAGGAUGCGGUGCCACAACUUGCGGAACAACCCGCAUACGUGGAUGCCGCCGUGAAUACCCCAGUGGUGGCUGAUUCGAAUUAUGAUGGACCAUUCGCCCAGGAACUGGAAAUAGAGCAAAUGAGUAGUACAUUGGAAGAAGCGAUUGUGGAAACGCGCAGUACGCCUCUCGAAAAUCUACCGCGACUUCCCAGCAUAGCCCUAAGCAAGCGGAAUCGGGCUGUCAUGAGGGCUUUAUACCCAUAG